AUGGGAUUAAUAAGUGAGAAUUUUAUUGAUGGUAAUGAUUUUCGCGUGAAUGUGAUUCUUUCAACAGCAAUAUUAGAGAUGUAUGUGAAGUGUGGGGCUGUGGAUGAAGCUUGGGGAGAGUUUGAUAGGAUGGAUAGGAAAGAUAUUGUUAUAUGGAGCACUAUGGUUGCUGGUUAUGCUCAAAAUGGGAGUUCAAUUGAGGUGUUAGAGUUUUUUGAAUGCAUGAGAAGUGAUCAAAUUAAACCUAAUGAUGUGAUGCUUGUUAGUGUUUUAUCUGCUUGUGCACAAGUAGGCUCAGUUGAAAGUGGUAACCAAAUAGGAAGUUACAUAGAGAGUCAAGAUUUAUUGUCAAAUGUCUAUGUGGCUUCUGCAUUAGUGAGUAUUUAUUCAAGAUUAGGAAAUAUAAGUAAAGCUCGUGAAGUUUUUCGGAUGCCUGCAAAAGAUAUUGUUAGUUGA